AUGGUGUACACGCGCGAGCCGGAUGAUUUGGACGAGUACUCGUUCUUUUCCGGCGCGCGGUUCAACCAGCUCGGCGCGAGCGACGAGGUGCGCGCGGCGUUGAAGGAGAGUUUCAAAAUAGAUCGUCCGUCGCACAUUCAAGCGCAAUCGUACCGCGUGCUCAGCGGCGACGUCGCGGGCGCGUCCGCGCCGCGCUACGACGGCCACGUUUUGUUGGCCGAUCAAGCGGGAAGUGGAAAGACGUUGGCGUACUUGUUGCCGCUGCUGCAGCGCGUGCAAAAGAUCGAAGUCGAGCAAGGGCGAAGCAAAUCGAAAAAGCCGCGGCUUUUGGUUUUGACGCCGACGAGCGAGCUCGCGACGCAAGUGCGAGACGUCGUAAAGCAACUCUCUUUCGGCGGCCUUCGCUCGCGCUCGCUCCUGGCAAACAACGUCAGUAAGUCGCGAACGCAAAUUGAAGCUCUCGUAGACGGCGUAGACAUCGUCGUCGGCACUCCCGGGCGCGUGGCGAGGCUCAUCGAGGAAGGCAAAAUGUUCACGGACGACGUCGACGCGGUGGUUUUGGACGAGUGCGACGUCUUGCUCGGUGAAAGCUUUGAGUUCGCCGAACAAGUCGCGCCGAUUCGAAACGCGGUGAAAUCAGACACGCAGUUCGUGCUCGUCACCGCCACGAUCCCGGACGAAGUGUUGAAGCAACUGAAAAAGUUUUUCGAGCGCGAUAUUCGCGUCGUGCAAGGCCCGGGUCUUCAUCGUCCUUCGGCUGGUAUGCUCGAGCGUCUCAUCGAUUGUAGCGGUGGUGACGUCUUCGAUGACCAAUCGGGAUUUUAUCGCAAGUUCAAAGCCUUGCUCGAUUUGCUCGAGGUCGACAAAGCCGACCGGGCGUUGCUGUUUUGCAACAAAAUCGAGACGUGCAGAAAGCUCGAAAACAUGCUCACGCGCGCCGAUCGCGACGGCGACAAGUACAAGAUACUACCGUACCACGCCGCGCUGUCGCGCGAGCAGCAGCAGAGAAACCUGAAAGAGUUCAUCACGUCGCCGUCGAAGAUGCCGCACAUUCUCGUGUGCACGGACCGCGCGUCUCGAGGUUUGGACGCUUCGCGAGUCAAGCACGUCAUCUUGUUUGAUUUCCCGCGCGACCCGAGCGAGUACGUUCGACGAGUCGGGCGCACCGCGCGCGGCGCGUUGGGCGAAGGGCGCGUGUCUGUUCUCGUGCUCGGUCGACAAGUGCGUCUGGCGCGCGAGAUCAUGCGAAGAAACGAUCGCGGCGACCCCGUCGAGGCGACGCCGACGAAUUUUUAG